AUGUGGGAAAUGGUACCUUUCUCUGGCAUGUUUAAUCCACUGCAUCUUAACAACUUCGAAUUAGAAUGGAAACGUCUCAUUUCUGCAGUAGUCCUUCCUCCUAUAGGUCAUGGAAACUGUCUCCUUGCCCCAUGGAUUCUCUGGGCCAUAUGGACUGCAAGAAACCAAAAACUGUUUCAAAACAUAAUCUUCACCGCACAAGAAACAGUAACCAAAGCUAUUCGUGAUGCAAAAGGGUGGACGGCAGCUCAAUUACCUAUCUCACAAGGCGCAAAGAGAUCUAAUCCCCAACAGAACAGACCAAGCUCUGGUGUGAUAUGUAAAUCCGAUGCGGCUUGGAAGAAAGAGGUACAAGCAGCGGGGCUCGCUUGGAGCUUCUACAGUAAUCAAUUGGAGCGAAUCAGCUCCCAUAAUCAACCUGUAGCGUUUGUGAUCUCGUCUCUUUUGGCAGAAGGACUAGCAAUACGUUCAGCGAUGAAACACGCCAUCGACCUUCGGAUGAGACAUAUGGUGUUUGAAACGGACUCUUUGCAAUUGGUGGCGGCGAUUGCAGAUGGAUCCAACUUCUCUGACUUCCAUGGCGUUCUCUCCGAUAUCUAUCUCUUGUCGAUUUCCUUUGACUCUGUAUCUUUUAGAUUUUGUCAUCGUGAAUCUCUCUGUUUUGAGGGUUCCAUCGUUAAGAAAACUCUCUCAGACUUUGUUGUGACCCAACCCGCUUAA